AAGAAGCUGCGACGCCGCCGGGCCCGCCGCAGCGCUGACGGCUGAGGCCGGUGUGUGAGCGGAUCCCAGCUCUGGGCAGAAGCGGCGCGGUAGGACCUCGCGCAGUGUCCGCGGGCUCCGGGGCGGGGGCUCCAGCGGUGAAGCCCCCUCCCCGGGGAGGCGGGGCCUGGGCGAGCUCCCGAGCCUGGGAGCGGCGGCAGCUGGGAACGAUGCAUCAGAAGCUGCUGAAGAGCGCGCAUUACAUCGAGCUGGGCAGCUACCAGUACUGGCCUGUCCUGGUGCCCCGUGGCAUCCGCCUGUACACUUAUGAGCAGAUCCCCGUGUCCCUCAAGGACAACCCGUACAUCACCGACGGCUACCGGGCCUACCUGCCGUCCAGGCUGUGUAUCAAAAGUUUGUUUAUUUUAUCUAACGAGACAGUAAACAUCUGGAGUCAUUUGCUGGGUUUCUUUCUCUUCUUCACCCUGGGAAUAUAUGACAUGACAUCUGUGUUACCUUCAGCAAGUGCGUCUAGAGAAGAUUUUGUAAUUUGUUCUAUUUGUCUGUUCUGCUUCCAGGUCUGUAUGCUUUGCUCUGUGGGCUAUCAUCUUUUUUCCUGCCACCGGUCAGAAAAAACAUGUCGAAGAUGGAUGGCAUUAGAUUAUGCAGGAAUUUCUAUUGGCAUACUGGGCUGCUAUGUCUCAGGAGUAUUUUAUGCAUUUUAUUGUAAUAACUACUGGCGUCAGGUGUACUUGAUCACAGUGCUUGCUAUGAUCCUGGCAGUGUUCUUUGCGCAGAUUCAUCCCAAUUACCUCACACAGCAAUGGCAAAGGCUCCGUUCUAUCAUCUUUUGUUCUGUUUCGGGGUAUGGAGUGAUUCCCACUCUUCAUUGGGUUUGGCUCAAUGGAGGAAUCGGUGCUCCUAUUGUACAGGACUUUGCACCCCGUGUAAUUGUGAUGUAUAUGAUUGCUCUUCUUGCUUUCCUAUUCUACAUUUCUAAAGUCCCAGAGCGGUACUUUCCAGGAGUUAAUGCCAAGAAUCCAUCAGAAGUAUCUACUGUUUAGAAGGAAAUGGAGCAGCACCAAAUGGGUCUAAUUCGACUGGUUGGGACUGUUGGGACUGAUGUGGAGUGAUGCUUUGCACCACAAGUUCUGUAAAGGGCACGGCACCAAAAUCAUCCAUUUUCAAUACGUCUGCACUAUGGAAUGACCCAUGUAGUGAAUUUUGUCUUGGCCGCCCAGGCAGGACGGUAUUGUGAUCAGCACGGAUGUCGCUCAGGCCCUGAUGUGGAGGGUGCCAUGACAGGUCUGGAGAAUGAAAGGGCUUGGCACCAAAGGGGUCCAACAGGCUCUCCUCGGGUUGUAAGACAGUCCCCCUAUCUUUCCCAUCAGUUAAUGCAACACUAAUGUUCUCCUUGGAGUCUGAGAUGGUUAAAAAUUCAUUGCUGCUUUGAGAGUCUCGGCGGCCCACUUUUUUGUGCCUGCGAGCCCUCUCUGGAGUGCGGUAGGUAGGCUUCAGAGUCUUCUUUGUGCUAGUUGGUGUGCCAUGAUGCCGCUUCCCAUUACUUUUAGACAUAUCCUGCUUUGUGCGCCUUUGGCGAGAGGACAGUUUCUGUAAGCUCCGCUGUUUGACUUUUUGCUGCUGGCUCCCUGUUAUUUCCUCAAAGGGCACAAGCCCAAAAAGGUCCUCAUUGCUUUCACUUUUACUUGUUGAUGUGAGGAAGGGCUGAAAUGGAGUGGAGCCAAAUACAUCUACGCUUUUGGGAUAUCCAGGGAGAGUAUGUGACUCAGGCCCCACUGCAUGGCAUUCUUGUACAUUCACCUUCUUGCUAAAAGGCGCUUUUGUGAAUACAUCAAAUUCCUCCUGCUCAAGUCCCACAGCAGGAAACCUGUGUUGAGGAAGGCUCUUUUCAUGCUUUUCUUGCUGGGGCUGUUGAGCAUGCACUGCAAAGGGGACAGCGCCAAAUACAUCAAACUCCUGUUUGGGAGUCUGCACUCCAACAUCAGAGGAUAAUUGAGCUGAGGUGAGGAGUAUUGUAUUAAGAUCUUGGUUUAGUCCACUGCCAGAUUUGUCUCUGAAAACAGGGCUCAUGUCACUGUACUUUGCUUUAGCCUGCUCAUAAUCAGAAUCAGAGCUAUGUUUCUCCUCUUCUUCCUCAUCUUCAGAAUCCAUGAGGAGAGGCCUAUGACCCAGAUUUUCUGGUUCAGUAUCAUCAUCAUUAAAAUCUCCUUGUUCUCCCUGAAGAACUUCUUCAUCGUCUUGCUCUUCCUCUUCACUGCUCUUAGGAGAAGGGGGAUCUGAUUCAAAAUCACUUUCAGAUUCAUCAUUCCCCUUUUGCACUUGACCCUGUACUGAGGUUUUCUUUCCAGUCCGCUGAUCUUUAGAUACUGGACUUGUUUUACUGUUCUUGAUAGGGUUUGCAGUGCCAUUUUCUUGAUUUAUAGAUGAAUGUUCAGCUUUCUUUUCAGGAGAACCUGCAAGUUCAAAGAAAAAUUAUUACAGCACUCCAGUGCAUUUCAGAAUCCUCUUGCACUAAAUGUUAAUAUGUAUUACCCAUGGCAUUACAAAUUCCUCAUACCAGUUCCCUUAAAGGAAAGAAUAAUGUCAAUUCUUUGUCAUUAGACUUAGAGAAUACAUUUGACCUCAAGUAGAUGGUUAAAUCUUAAUGUGGACAGACUUACUCAUAACUGGACCCACACACUGUCUCCUUAUCAUACCCUUGCUAAAAGCCAAAUUUUCUUUAUAGCACCCAGAAUGUGAUAGACUAGCAAAUUUUCUUCACCCUACCACCAAAAUAAGAUUAUUUUAAUUCUGAAAGAUCAGAUCCCACAUUCACCAAACACCUUCUGCUUAUAUUUCAACUCUUAUAAAGUUUUCCCAUAGAGAUUAACAAGCGUGAACAGCCUGCCUGCUCAGUUAUAUAUUUGAUUAUUUUUUUAAAAAACAGCAUUCUAUUUUUUAUAAGUGAGUAUCUUUUGUUGAGUUAGCAUGAAUGGCCUGAUCAAAGCUAAGGACCAGAUACUAAAUGGAGAUUGCACCAAGGACAUCUGCCUUCUCUGGAUGCUAUGUCUUCUUUUAAUUAUAAUACCUAUACAUUACAUUAAAAUGUGCCUUUAAGAACAAAUCUAAACCCUCUGGAGAUGUUUUUAGCUCAGAAUCCAUCCAGUCAUUUCAUUUUCUGAGUUCAUUCAACAAAAGAAAUAUACGACACUUUGCUAUACACUGAUUAUACAUACAUUGGUGAGUAAAAGAAACAUGGCUUCCGCUUUCAGGGGUUUACAAUCAGAGGUUGUAAGUAAACGCAAAUUGUGACUAGUGCUCUGAAAUAAAGGAAAGCAGGGAAUGGGCACAUAAACCUACUCUGGACAGUUGGUCAAGACCUCCCUAAGAUGACAGUUAGGACUAAACAAUGCAAAAGAGCCAGCCAUGCAAAGGAUAAGCUGGAAGCUUGCUUCCCAUAAAAGCAAUGGUAUAUAUGAAGGCAUAUUUAAGGAGCUGAAAAUAGGCCAGUGUGCCUGGAGCAUAGUGAGCAAGCGAUGAUAAAGUACAACAUAAGGUAAGGAAGACUGGAAAAGGCCAGACUGUGAAGGUCCUUUAAGGCCAUGAUAGCCAGCAUCGAUUUUAUUCAAAAUUCAGUGUAUAAUGGAAAGCUAUUAUUAAAAUGGGUGUCAUGAUUAGGUUUACAUUUUUUAAAAAAUGACUGCUCUAUAGAAAAAAGACUAAGGGGGCCUGGCAAGGUGGCUCACACCUAUAAUCCCAGCACUUUGGGAGGCCAAGGUGGGCAGAUCACGAGGUCAGGAGUUUGAGACCAACCUGGCCAACAUGGUGAAACCCCGUCUCUACUAAAAAUACAAAAAUUAGCCAGGCAUGGUGGCAGGCGCCUGUAAUCCCAGCUACUGGGGAGGCUGAGGUAGGACUCACUUGAACCCAGAAGGUGGAGGUUGCAGUAAGCCAAGUUCAUGCCACUGCACUGCAGUCUGUGUGAAAGAGUGAAACUCCAUCUCAAAAAGAAAAAAAGACUAAGGGGAGCUAAGAAGGGGAGUUCAGGUAAAAGUAAAUUAUAGUAAUGCAAGUUAGAGAUUUUGGUGACCUGGAUGACAGUGGUGGCAGGGUAGAUUAAAGCAGAAAAAAUAGAGAUUGAAGAGGAAAACUCUUGGUGGAUGGUAGUAUCAUUAACACAGAAAGAGUGGCAUGGUAGAUACCCAUUUACCCUGAUGUGAUUAUUAUGUACUAUAUACCUGUAUCAAGAUAUCUCAUGUACCCCAUAAAUGUAGACACCUACUAUGUACCCAUACAUACACAAAAAAAUUAAUAAGCAUAACUUUUUAAAAAAUGAAUGAAUUGGAAAGUGAAGAGGAGUACUAAAAAUUUUGUUUGGAGACAUUAAGUUUGACAUAUGUGUGAGACAACAUUUAAGUGUACAGCAGUUAGGUAUCUAUGACCUGAAAACAAUGGUUAGUUUUUGGCUGAAGAAAAUAGAUUUGGGAGUUAUCACCAUGCAGCUGGUAUUCAGAGAGAGCCACAAGACUAAAGGACAUCACCUAGGAAGAAAGCAUAGAAGAAGAAAACAAGGUCCAAAACUUAGCCCUCAGUGUAAAACAUUCAGAAGUCAGCAGAGGAAGAUGAACCUGCAAAGCAAACUACAAAGUAACAGCCAGAGAGGAGGAAGAAAAUAGCUGAGUGCAACGUCACAGAAACGGAGAGAGAAGAAUGUUUUUCAGGGAAGUAACAGACAACUGAGCUCAAUGGUGCAAAGUGGUCCAGUAAACUAAGGACAGAAAAUGGCAUCUUGUACAGUUUGUAAGCAAUGUUGACAUGAGUUUUGGUGCUAAAGAAUGUGUGGAAGACAAGUAUGUGGAGAACACCAGCAGGUUAUACUUAAAUGCAAAUAUAAUCUUCUGCCAGUUCCUUAAAACCAGCCAAGAGCUGCAUGGUGUUUUUGUUAUCCUUCCAGACUAAAAGCAAAUCAAGUGCAGAUUCUCAAGUUUGACUUCUCCCCAUACAGCAUACUUAAGAUAUUAAAAACAAAGAUUACUUUUAGUGAAUUUGUUUUCAUGAAUUUUUAUUCAAAAGCAAAAUAUGAAAAGAGGGGAAAAUAUAAAUAAAGUAAAACAAAAUAUGUAUGGUUCCAGAAGACAUCCCAUUGUCCCUGACUGUGGAACAUUUAACGUAUCAUUCCUCGAGCUACAUACCCACCCACAGCCACACAUCCAUGCCUCAGGCCUGCUCACAGAUACCUCCAAAUAACAUUCCAAUGUUUCCCAAAGUAUAUUCUGCAGAGGCUAUUUCCAUAACAAGAACCAAGCCAAACAGUUCUAUGUUCUCAAGCAAACAAGUCUAUGAAAUGAUGCACUCCACAUUUUGCCUCCACUCCUACUCACCUGGAGUAUGCUCAUUAAAGGUGCUAAUGAUUACUACACAAAAGAAUCUAAUUUUAUGAACCCUAGGAUUUCCCAAAUUAUCUUCCCUACCCUUUUAUUUACAUGUAAUGUCUCUUAACCUUUAAAAUCAACUAUGCAAAAGUACUUGAGAAAAUGCUGCUGUACAACUUAUCUUGAAAAUUUCCAUUUCUAGAGCACUUAGUUGUGUUCCUGAAGGUCUUCUGGAACAUUUAACACAGGACAGAUAUUUCAUCUUGGAGAGUGUCACUUGGAAGAGAAUUUAAAUUCACUUUCUUCUUAAAAUUAUAUUGUAAUCCCUAGUCUUCUUAAAAUUUACUGUUUUCAUUAUCCAACUGGCCAUCAUUACUUUUCAAGACAUUUGUCACCUUAUACUCCUCAUUCUGUUGACCCUUUGUCAGCUUAUCAAAGUUCUAUUACUAGAAAUACAUUUAUAAUUGCCAUUGUGGGUAUAAAUCUGUGAAUUUUUAACCUACUAUUUUUAAUGCAUCUUUCCAGGUAUCAACAUAGUCCAUUACUUCUUCUCAUAUAAAUAUAAAAUACUAUAUAUAUAACUGUUCACUAUUUAGCAAUAGAACAUCUAGGUUGUUUCUAGUUUCUUGGCAUUUCAGAUACAACCGUGAUUCAUGUACUUUUUCCUUGAGGGGAAAAAAGGAAACCCUCCUUUUUUAGUAUCAAUUUUACUUUAUAUACUAUUAUUCCCUCCUUAUGGGUAAACAACACAGCUAAUAAACCUAACCCAAUAACAAUCUUGACAAGGUCACCACUAUUCCACUGUUUCUUUAUACACAGAAUGGAAUAACAGUUUUUAUUUCAUAGGUUUGUUGUGAAGAAAGGACUUGAAACAGUGCCUGACACAUAAUAAGCACUCUACCAUCAUCAUGUCCAGGGAAUAGCUAUAUUAAAUUACUUCAUCCGCCAUACUCAACAAACUUCUAGUAACCUUUCUGGGCCCAAUGGUUGCAGUUGAAUAUAAAUGAGGGAGUUGUGUGGGAAGAAGAAAGCAAGUCUAUAGUUAAUCUAAGGGGAGCUGAGAUCCACUUCAGAAUUGACCAGAAAUAAGUAUAUCAACAAAUGUAUAUCCACACAGCAUAAGGGUGCAUUUUCGAUCCUGAAAAUUACAUUUUUGAUUUUUAGACAGCUAUAUUUGAGAACACAGUAUAAGAAAUGGAAACACAUUUUUGAAAAGAGCAAGACACAAUCAUCUUUGCCACCUUUGCAGUUUCAGAUUAUAUCCGCAAAUAGUACUGGCAACUACGGAAAUUUUCUGUUGGUGUAGUUAAGACUGGUUUUACUUAUUUUGUCCUCCCUUCAUAAAACUAAAAUAACAACCAAAAAUAUCCAAAUUCUUUUUUUCUCCCAUAUUCUUACAACCCACACUGACAUUGUUUUAAAUAUUCCUAUCCUUUCACUGCUAUUAUAAACAGUUAAAAAAGUAAAGAGCAGUAAUGAGGCUCUCCGAAAGCAUAUUAAGAGAAACUAUUAAUCCUUUUAUCUCUCCAGCACCUCCUGCUGAGGAAAAGUUAAGUUCCAGGCUGCAAGUUACCACAAGCCAAGGUUUGGGGGUACAUGUGAAGAACAUGCAAGAUUGUUGCACAGGUACACACAUGGCAGUGUGAUUUGUUGCCUUCCUCCCUAUCACCCAUAUCUGGCAUUUCUUCCCAUGCCAUCUCUCCCAAACUCCCCACCCUCCACUGCCCCUCCCCAAUUUCCCCCCAACAGACCCCAGAGUGUGAUGCUCCCCUCCCUGUGUCCAUGUGUUCUCACUGUUCAAAUACCUUCUUAUGAGUGAGAAUAUGCAGUGUUUCACUUUCUGUUCUUUACAGUGUAUUUUCAUUGGAUAGAACUUUUUAUUCCAAAAGCUUACAGGGAGGUAAAUUUUCAUUUUAGUAGGUUCAAUUAUUUUGCUAUUAAAGAAAAAUGCCCCUGAAUACUAUUUUUAACCUAAAAAUUAUACAUGACAAAGUAUUUCAAAGCUUUAUAAAAAGUAGUUUAGAUUUAACUUAAUUAUAUAUUUUAGAUCUGAUAUAUAGCAAAUUAAUGGUGCUAAUGUUGCAAAGUGAUCACUUUUUCUUCUAUUUCUGGAGAUGCACUUCUCCUAUGACCAUACUCUCCUUUAUUCCAGUCUAUAUACUUAAUUUUUAGUAACCAAACCAUUCCAGUAUUCAUGUUCACAUUGUUUAAAAAGAUUUCUUCAAAAGGUAACAUUUAUAUUAAUAGGCAUUUUUUAAGGUCACUGUCCUAAAUCUAAAGAAUAUGAAUUUUUAUAGAUAGUCAUGAUUUUUUCAUACAUUCAACAAACAGUAGAUACCGGGCAGGAUUCAAAGAUAGACAAUUCAUACUUCCCACCCUCAAUAAGCUUAAAAUCUAAUAUAAAUGCCCAUAGUAAACAGUUAGACAAAACAGUAGCAGCAAUCGAGCUCAAAUCUGUGAACAUGUUGCAAACUACAAAAUCUGUAGGCCAACUUCAAAAUAAGUGUGUCCAGAGAAAAGACCAAUCACUGAAGCUUACUUCAGUUCUCCUAACUACUAUUCAUUUCCCCAGCAUUCUUUCAGAUGCUAUUAAAGAGCAGAAAAGUAGUUACAUAGGUCCAUGCAAACCUGAAAAGGAUAAUGCAGUUCCUUCCAGAGGAUGUGAAAGAGCUAGUACUAAAACUGCUUUCUGCCACACACAGAUCACUAUCUCAAGUCACUGAAUACUAUGUUCUUGAGAGCUUAAAAUACUAUUUUGGGGUAUUAUCAUUUUAAAAAGUAAUAAUUCCACGACCUAGGGUAUUGAGAGUUUAACAGAACACAUUUAUGCAGAGUAAGUAAACAGACACAGUAAACUAUGUUCUCCAAUUAAAUAUGUCACGGCAUUUACAAAAAGGAAAACUUGAAGGCAGCAAGCACAAAACAGCAAGAAUAGGAACUGUUUUUAAUAAAUGUCAAAGAGAAAAAUAUGGAGUAUGAAAGCAAUGAAAAACAAUCUUGCUAACUAUCCUGUAUAUUCUAGAUAACCAAGCAAGUCUGAACGUUGAAAAGUUGUUCAAUGCACUAAGCAGAAAUCCUAAAUACUCAAUUCUUAUUUUGGCUUUACAUUUCUAAUUUUUUAUUUUGUUGUUAUUUCUGUAUUUUUUCAAUAGUGUUACAUAUGUAACUUGAGUGAGAAAUAAAAGGAACACAACUAAGGAA